GCAAUCCUAAAAGCAGACUGAAAGGUGACAAAGAAGCUGAAGAUGGGUGGUGGAAAGAGGUAUAACAUUCCAGCUCCCCAAUCUAGAAAUGUUAGUAAGAACCAGCAACAGCACAAUAGACAGAAGAUCAAGGAUCAGAAUUCCCAGAUGAAGAUUGUUCAUAAGAAAAAAGAAAGAGGACAUGGGUACAAUCCAUCGGCAGCUGCAUGGCAGGCCAUGCAGAAUGCGGGAAAGAACAAGAGCCUUACUAACAACCCGGAUUGGAAUGCUAGCUUAUCGAAUCCAAGCUUGCUUUUUAAGCCUCAAACUAACCAAAACUAUGCCGGAGCCAAAUUUAGUGACCCACCAUCACCAAGUGUUCUCACAAACCACUGGGUUCCUAUUUCAUCGAGCCCUUCAGAUAAGGAAACAAUGACAUUUCAACUUAAACCCCUACUUAAAGUACAGGUUUAAAAUCUUAAGUACUAUUUUUAAAUUUUGUGAUGUUCACACAGCCAUCAGUUGGUUUGAGUUUAGGGAAGUUUUAUAUAAAACUACUAAUUUACAACUAUAAGCA